GCUGGGAGGGCUGUUUGGGGAAGGCGGUGUCUGAGCUACUGUUGACAAAGCAUCUGGACAAGGUAACUAGAUGGAAACAGCGCAGUCUGAGCUUAAAAGGUCGGUGAAAGUGAAUUUCCCGUUGAUGUUUCAUAAUGUGGAGGGGGGAGCAUAGUCCGCGGGCUUUCCAGGCCCCCGUGGACGUUCACGCCAGCGCAGAUGGCCAGGUGUACAUGUUCAAGAGGAGGCCGAACGAGUAUUCUGUAUCCUCAGACGAUGAGGAGCUCAGUGUCAUGGAGAUGAGGCCGCGGGCGUCACAGGAUCAGACGCAGGACAGACUGAGGAAUGUCCAGCUGCUGGAGCGCGAGGUGGUGGAUGGUGAUAAUCUCAACAAGCUUGCACUGCAAUACGGCUGCAAGGUGGCGGAUAUAAAGCGGGUGAACAACCUAAUGCAGGAACAAGAUCUAUUUGCACUGAAAUCUGUCAAAAUACCGGUUCAGAAACACAGCUUUUUAGCAGAGACUUUGUCAGACAUGAGUGAUCCUCGAGAAGAAAUGCCACAUUCAUCUCCAACGCCAGUCAAGCCUCAGGACAGAACCAGAGUCCAGCCACAUCUACAAGAGGUCACAGACUUUCUCAUGGAGGUGGAUAACGAUAUUGACAAAUUGAUUCAGACCACAGCUGAUCAAGACGAGGAUUCUUUGGAUAACUUUGAGAAAUCACGGAGGUUCGGUUUCAGAGGAAAACGCCUGAUAAGUCACGGUGCAGACUGGGGGAUCCAGUGGUGGAACGCUGUAGUUGCAAUGCUCCUAAUAGGUAUCGUCCUGCCAUUAUUUUAUGUAAUUUACUUCAAAACAAAAGAUAAUGGAGUAGUCUUACCCACGGAUGUUGCUUUUCAGUCAUCCAGCUCCUCUUCUAAUGCUUCAGGGGCAAACAUUGGUACAGGGGGAACCAGGAUAGUACCUGUUUGAACACCAGAACAGCAGUCAUCUUUAAGAUAUUGUGACCUUGGAAGUAGAUGACAAUCAUAAUGUUAAAUCGCUCAAUAUUUUUAACACUAAGUGCAAUAACACCGUGUGUCUAAUCACCAGCAGUGAAUUUUACCUUUUAUUGUACCAUAACUGUGAUUCUUGAGGCAGAUACUCUGAUGACUGUCUUAAGGUGAUGUGAAAUAGCCGAAUACUAGGACACCAACACAUAAUGAAUCACAUUUUUUUGUAUACAGUUCCUGAAAUAUUACUGUGACUUCAUAUCAAAACUCCUUUUGGAAUUUGGGAGAUUAUAGUUUGCCAUGUGCAUCAUUGAAGUUGAAAUAUUAACUAGUUUUAACUUUAACCUCCUCACGAACAGUAAAACUUCAAACUUUUGCCAAAAACUGAUAAAAGAGGAGAUAAGCUGUGUUCCCUGGUUACCAAAACCAUGUGAAGAUAGACUGUUUGGCAUUAUUUGUGUGCUUUUUUUGCUUUAUUCUGUGUUUAUUGUGUAGUUACAUGUCUUUUCUUCUGGGACUGAACGUGCCAAACGUGUGAAUCUGUUUACAGUAACAGUGUUGUGCAAUAUACUUGGUACAUUGUAAGUGCUCAUUUAACAUCUUCAAGGAUGUCUUUAAAAUACAAGGUGAUGCAUUUUAAAAUGUCAUCUAUAAACUCCGUGAAUUAUGUGCCUGAUUGAGUGCCUUAAAGCUUAAGCUCAGAUUGUAUAGCAUGUCCUCCACAAUUAUUUGAAUUUGGGUAACUUGUGCACUUUUCAGUCCCAGAAAUUACGUUUUCAUUGAAUGAAUGAAACUCAAAAAAUAAAUAAAGUUUGUUGACAUAUUUUCAAAAACUCUUAAGUCCAAUCGUAAAUCAUUUUGGGAUGGAAAAUUGACAAAUGUGAAAGAGUCUUUUUGUUCAUCAUGUUCUAAGUUGAAAAACUUUUACACAUGAAUGUUUAUAAAGUAUUCUCUUGA